AUGCCGAUGCCGUACGUGUUGCAGAAGGCGAACAGCGGCACGCUCCCCUUCACGCGCCAGGAGAACGCCGUGAUCCAGACCUUCGUCGUCUCCUGCGCCAACAUCGCCUACACCGGCGGCUUCGGCUCCUACAUCCUGGCGAUGAGCCGGACCUCGGCCGUGGACGGCGGCCCCGGGAACAGCGGCGGCAACGUCGCGGAGCCCCAGAUCGUCCGGCUGAUGGCGUUCCUCUUCCUCACCAGCUUCGUCGGCGUCUUCGCCGUCAGGCCCUUCAGGAACAGCCUCGUCAUCCGGCACAACCUACCGUUCCCCACCGACAUGGCCACGGCGCACUUCAUCAACAGCAUCCACACGCCGCACGGCGCCAAACAAUAUGCAAGUGUCAGUCAUGUUCAAACCUUGGGUGGAGCUAUCGCGUCGUCGCUCUGGCAGUGGUUCUACGAAGGCGGCAUGCACUGCGGCUUCCGGUCCUUCCCCAUUUUCGGCCUUACCGCAGCUCGAUUUGGGUACGUAACGUUCUUCUUCGACUUCUCGAUGACCGACAUCGGCAUCGGGUUCUUAAGCCAGUACAAGGUCACCAUCUCGAUGCUCGCGGGAUCCGUGGUGUCCUGGGGGAUCAUGCUGCCGUACAUCAUGACCAAGGAGGGCAGCUGGUACCCUCGUGGCAUCGGCGUCAUCAACGCCUACCGAUGGUUCAUCGGGAUAUCCAUGGUCCUCGCUGACGGCCUCUUCCACAUGCUCUGCAUCCUGCUCCGGACGCUCCGCGGGAUGCGCAGGCGGCGGCACUCCCGGCUCGCCACGCUGCCGUCCAUGUGCCUCGGCGCCGACGACCGGCCGCCGGCGCGGAGCUUCGACGACCGGCGGCGGGCGCAGGUGUUCCUUCGCGACCGGGUGUACGACCCGGCCGCCGUCGUCGGCUACAUCGCCCUGUCAGCCGUCGCCAUCGUCGCCAUACCGCGCCUCUACCCCCAGCUGAGGUCCCGCCACGUCGCGCUCGCCUACCUCACCGCAAACGCGGAUUCUAUACCGCCGGGUGGUGCGUACCGCCCCCUGACGGAAGACCAGGAUUCUCCAGCUUCUGCUCUGAGAUUGGUGAGCUAUAUUCCCGUGUCUGCGACGUGGACAAGAUUAGAAACGCAAUUUGACACCGUGGCAAAACCGGUUCCGAGUGAAGUCAACUGA